GGGUCACCUCUGAGCCCUCCUGGUGUCUCUGUAGGCUGUGGAGUACCCCGAGUUCCUGGAUCUCCGCCCGUACAUGUCCGAGGGCGAUGGAGAGCCCCUCUAUUACUCCCUGUAUGCUGUCCUGGUGCACAGUGGCUACAGCUGCCAUGAAGGACACUAUUUCUGCUACACAAAGGCCAGCAACGGGCUGUGGUACCAGAUGGAUGAUGAGUCUGUGGAGGUUCGUAGCAUUGACACAGCUCUCGGGCAGCAAGCCUACCUGCUGUUUUAUGCCAGAUGCUCUGAUCUGAGGCUUGGAGAAAAGGCUUCUUCCUCGCUGGCACCAUCAUAUGCGCCAUCCGUCCUCAGUCAGUGGGCAUCCUGCAGCAAGCAGGUGGCUUCUGUAGUCCCACAGGAUUUGCCUGACAGGACAAAGGAUAUGGUGCUGAAUGUGGAAGACCCUGGCCAGGAGGAGGUGCAGAGCGGAUCCCCACUGUGGAGCAAGGAAGCCUGCAGCUAUGUUACGGACACCACCGGCUGUGAUGACGCCACAGGGCCUCCUCCAAGUUGUGGCCAAGAUCCCAUAGAUGAUGCUGCUUCAGGGCCUUCCAACAGGAGCUUGGAGUUGGCCUGUGGACCUGGGGAUGCUUGUCAGGAAACCCUGCUGAUGCAGGAAGAGACAAGCAGUUCCGUGUGGAGCGGCUACGACCUCCGCAGCCGCUUUGUGCAGCACACAGGCUUCAACUCUUCAUCAAGGAAGAGGAAAAGGGAGACAAGGAAUUCUCCCUGUUGUGACAAAACUCCUGUUGAUGAUGCAGUUCCAGGGCCCUCCAGCACCAGCCUGAAGCAGGCUGCCAUGCUUUGGGCUGGUCCAGAGCAAACCCAACUGUGGUGGAACGAGCAGAGAAGAUCCCCAGAGCAGGGCUGUGACCUCCAUGGCCUCUCUGUGCAGUGCACAGACCAGCAGCCCUCUCUGAGCAAGAGGAGGAGAACAAAUCCUCCAGGAUGGGACAAAGCCCCAGUGGAUAAUGCAGCUUCAGGGCCCUCCAACAUCAGCUUCCAGCAGUCUUGUGUGCUCAGGGCAGCUCGUGAGCAAAUCCAACUGAGGCUGAGGGAGCAGAGAAGCUGCCCACAGCUGGGCUACGAUUUCUGCUGCCGGUUUGUGCGUUUCUCAGCCCACCACCGUUCAGUGAGAAAAAGGAGGGUUUGUGUGCCCCAGAGACGCAGGUCAGGGAAGCACUCGAGGCACUCUAGGAGUGCUGGUGGCAGAUGGUGGCGCUGGCUGAAGCAGAAUGGGAAAUUAGCACUGCAUUUUUUAGCAGAGCUGUCCAUGUUUUCUACACCCAUUCCCAAAGAAGAGGGAACAAUUUAGUUCUAUGGCUGAUGAUGCCAACGACUAGUCUAGAAGGUUUUAAUUAGUCUAGUCUAAAAGGCAUAAUAAUUCCCAGGAGGAAGUGAUCACAGAGAAAGGAGACCAGCAAAGGCAGUAGUUAAGUUAGUGGGUGAACGCUGGUCAUUCCUGUGGAAGAGGUGGGAAAACCAGAGAGCUCUGCUGCUGAUGCGGUGACAGCAGCAGCAGCAGGUACAGCAGGGCCUCUUUAGAGAAAGUACCAUGGACUGGAGCACUUCAGAAUGACCUUUGAUGCUCCUGUGAACUGGGGCACUGUCACUGAUCACAAAGAUGGGAGACUGCAGUUCAGCAGCUGGUACAAGCAGUACCUCGACUCUUUUCAAAUGGAAUUUCUCUGCAGUCAUUGCUGAGGAAAUAGCUCCCCCAAAAAGGAUCCUCUUUCCACCAGAGAAGAUUUACAGGGUCUGGCAGCAGCAGCAGAGUGCUGGAGCGGGGCUCUUCAAUGUGGGCAACACGUGCUUCCUCAACGCUGUCCUGCAGUGCUUGACCUACACACCGCCACUGGCCAACUACCUGCUGUCCCGAGAGCACAGCAAGGCCUGUCAGCAGCAAGGUUUCUGCAUGAUGUGCACCAUGGAAGCACACGUUAACAAGGUCUUGCAUUCCCCUGUCAGUGCCAUCGUGCCUUGGGCUGUCCUCAAGGUUUUUGGACGCAUAGGAGAACAUUUUCAGCUUGGUAUGUAGGAAGAUGCCCAUGACUUCUUGUGCUGUACGGUCAAUGCCAUGCAGAGAGCUUGUCUGAGCGCCAGCAGCGACUUGGACCUCUCUUCUGAAUCCACUACCAUUGUCCAUCAAAUAUUUGGGGGCUUUCUGAGAUCCAGAGUCACCUGCUUCAGCUGCAAAGCCAUUUCUGACUCCUACGAGGCCUUCCUGGAUGUUCCUUUGGAUAUCAAUGCAGCCUCGUCCCUCACUGCAGCUCUGGAAGCCUUUGUGACACCUGAGCAGCUGGAUGGUGAAAACUGCUUUAAAUGCAACAAGUGUACGGAGAACGUUGCUGCCUCCAAGAGGUUCACAAUCCACUGUGCACCCAAGGUUCUGACCGUGUGUCUGAAACGGUUUGACUGUUUCACCGGCGGGAAGAUCAACAAGGCUGUGGAGUACCCCGAGUUCCUGGAUCUCCGCCCGUACAUGUCCGAGGGCGAUGGAGAGCCCCUCUAUUACUCCCUGUAUGCUGUCCUGGUGCACAGUGGCUACAGCUGCCAUGAAGGACACUAUUUCUGCUACACAAAGGCCAGCAACGGGCUGUGGUACCAGAUGGAUGAUGAGUCUGUGGAGGUUCGUAGCAUUGACACAGCUCUCGGGCAGCAGGCCUACCUGCUGUUUUAUGCCAGAUGCUCUGAUCUGAGGCUUGGAGAAGAGGCUUCUUCCUCGCUGGCACCAUCAUAUGCGCCAUCCGUCCUCAGUCAGUGGGCAGCCUGCAGCAAGCAGGUGGCUUCUGUAGUCCCACAGGUUUUGCCUGACAGGACAAAGGAUGUGGUGCUGAGUGUGGAAGACCCUGGCCAGGACGAGGUGCAGAGCGGAUCCCCACUGUGGAGCAAGGAAGCCUGCAGCUUUGUUACGGACACCACCGGCUGUGAUGACGCCACAGGGCCUCCUCCAAGUUGCGGCCACGAUCCCAUAGAUGAUGCUGCUUCAGGGCCUUCCAACAGGAGCUUGGAGUUGGCCUGUGGACCUGGGGAUGCUUGUCAGGAAACCCUGCUGAUGCAGGAAGAGACAAGCAGUUCCGUGUGGAGCGGCUACGACCUCCGCAGCCGCUUUGUGCAGCACACAGGCUUCAACUCUUCAUCAAGGAAGAGGAAAAGGGAGACAAGGAAUUCUCCCUGUUGUGACAAAACUCCUGUUGAUGAUGCAGUUCCAGGGCCCUCCAGCACCAGCCUGAAGCAGGCUGUCAUGCUUUGGGCUGGUCCAGAGCAAACCCAACUGUGGUGGAACGAGCAGAGAAGAUCCCCAGAGCAGGGCUGUGACCUCCAUGGCCUCUCUGUGCAGUGCACAGACCAGCAGCCCUCUGUGACCAAGAGGAGGAGAACAAAUCCUCCAGGAUGGGACAAAGCCCCAGUGGAUAAUGCAGCUUCAGGGCCCUCCAACAUCAGCUUCCAGCAGGCUUGUGUGCUCAGGGCAGCUUGGGAGCAAAUCCAACUGAGGCUGAGGGAGCAGAGAAGCUGCCCACAGCUGGGCUACGAUUUCUGCUGCCGGUUCGUGCGUUUUUCAGCCCACCACCGUUCAGUGAGGAAAAGGAGGGUUUGUGUGCCCCAGAGACGCAGGUCAGGGAAGCACUCGAGGCACUCUAGGAGUGCUGGUGGCAGAUGGUGGCGCUGGCUGAAGCAGAAUGGGAAAUUAGCACUGCAUUUUUUGGCAGAGCUGUCCAUGUUUUCUACACCCAUUCCCAAAGAAGAGGGAACAAUUUAGUUUUAUGGCUGAUGAUGCCAACGACUAGUCUAGAAGGUUUUAAUUAGUCUAGUCUAAAAGGCUUAGUAAUUCCCAGGAGGAAGUGAUCACAGAGAAAGGAGACCAGCAAAGGCAGUAGUUAAGUUAGUGGGUGAACGCUGGUCAUUCCUGUGGAAGAGGUGGGAAAACUAGAGAGCUCUGCUGCUGAUGCGGUGACAGCAGCAGCAGCAGGUACAGCAGAGCCUCUUCAGAGAAAGUACCAUGGACUGGAGCACUUCAGAAUGACCUUUGAUGCUCCUGUGAACUGGGGCACUGUCACUGAUCACAAAGAUGGGAGACUGCAGUUCAGCAGCUG